CGCCCGCGCCCGCACCCGGACCCACUGCGUCCGCACCAGCACCAGCACUCACUGCGCCCGGCGACAUGGGCUCCCGGUCCGAGCAGAUGCUCAUCGUCGUCUCCAUCCUGGAAGGACGGUAUUUUCCAAAACGUCAUCGACACAAAAUUGUUGUUGAAGCCCGGUUUGAUGGAGAGUUACUGGCCACAGACCCAGUUGACCAUAAAAGUCAGCCUGACUUUGUUACGGAACUUGCCUGGGAACUUGACAGAAGAUCAUUGUAUCAGCACAGCGAAGGAGUCGGUAGGUUACAUCAUUUUGGAUCUGAGGUCUGUUCAAGAGGAUAUUUGAAGAAGUCAAUUGGAAAAGUUCAGUUUUUCCUUGGAACAGAUGAGGCUCUUAAAUGGUAUUCCUUGCUCAGUAGCAAGUACACAAAAAGUAAGCCCGAAAUCAAGAUUGGCAUUGUCUUGGAGACUGAUGCUAAACCACAUGUGGAAGCCUUUAAAGCUAGAGAGGCACCACCAAGGGAAGGAAAAGUAAUAGAAACAUUGCCAUGUUCCUUGCUGGAUGUGGACCCCAAAUCUCUAACAGCUAUUCUAAAUGAAGAAGAAAGCUACUAUCAGAUUGGUCCUGGAGAGUACUGCACUGAUUUCUUUGUGCUUUCUGUGACAAUUGCAUUUGCCACACAACUAGAACAGUUAAUUCCAAGUACAAUUAAGCUUCCAGAUGAGCGACCUGAAUUUUUCUUUUAUUAUUCUUUGCUGGGAAAUGAUGUCACCAAUGAUCCUUUUACUGACCUAAUAAACCCAAAUUUUGCUCCUGAACGAGCUUCAGUGAAGAUUCGGAGUCAAACAGAAAUUCUGCGUUUAUUCUUCGCUUCACAACCAAAUCUGCAGAUACAUUUGUGCUGUGGAGACAGGUCACUGGGCAGCACAGAGAUAUCAUUAGCAGGAUUAUUAAAAGGAAACAGUGAAAUACUCAGGCAUCCUGCAGCAGUUGAAGGGGCCUUUACUUUGGUGCCACCUGAGAAAAAAAAACAGAAGUUACCUCCUCUGCCACUUGAUCUGUCACCUACAGUCGGAGUUUCAGUUGCUCUUAAAAAGGAAGGAAUCAUUUCUCAGCCAUCUAGUCCAGUUAAAAUGGAACCUGAGCCCAAGUCUCCAGUUAUGCAGAGAAUUAUGUCUCCUCAAAACGCAAAGACCCCUGACCAAGGCAAGCCUUGCUCUGCUGACCAGGUGACAAAGGUCGUUGAAGCUGGAAGUUUGACGCCUGAGCGUAGUGAUUCUCCUCCCAGCAGAGAUCAGGCAACAGAAAAUGAAGCAAAUAGUCUGCAAGAAGAGGCGAACAAGAAGACUCACAAUGCUCCUGCAUUGGACUCCCAGUUUCGUCCAGCUCCAGCUACUAAUGAAUCUGAUUCUACGUCAGCACCAAAGAUCUCCAUUCCGGCAUCAGCACACCAUUUCUGCUUUGCUCUGGAUAUAAGAAGUAUUGCACAGUUGGAUGUAAAUUUUGCCAUAAACUGCAUAGUAAGAUACACCUACCCGUUUUUUGGAACUGCGGCUCCAAUCAUGACAAAUCCUCCAGUAGAAGUAAAGAAAAAUAUGGAAGUGAUCCUUCCUCAGUCAUUUUGUGCAUUUGACUUUGCAGCACCACCUCAUCAAUUGCAAGAUACAUUUUUCAGGUUACCAUUGUUGAUUGAAGUGUGGCACAAGGAUAAGAUGACUAAAGACGUGUUGUUGGGAAUAGCAAGACUGAAAUUGUCACACGUUCUAACAGUGGAUAAAACCCGUUUUUUGGGUCUAUCAGGUGAUCAGUGUUGGCGUCAGACAUACAGUGAAAAGAUUCCAGUUGUAGCAGCACAAGGGACAAGUAACAAAAUUGCCGAACUGUAUUACUCCAUGACUUUGGAAGAUUAUGGUUUAGUGAAAACACAACAUAUCACUGUGUCUGAUUCUUCGCAGAGCGCAAAUAUUGGACUACAACAACCAUCUGAUCUUCCAACUAAGCCAGUUCAGGCUUCGGAGUUAGUCGCUGAUACUGAACCACGUGAGACAAUGGAAUAUAAAGCGGCCUUUGAGUUGGAAAUAUGGAAAGAAAUGCAAGAAAACUUGUUUGAGAACCAGUUGAAACAAAAAGAGCUGGCACAUAUGCAGACCCUUGGUGAUGAAUGGAAGAGGAGAGACCGAGAGAGGGAAGCUCUUGUGAAGAAAAAGGUGGUUGAAUAUGCUGCACUGGAGGAACAACUACAAAAAACUUUGGCAGAUUUGGAAGAAAGAGAGCGCCACCUUGGUAAUGGUGAAAUAGAGCUGCAGAGACUGCGGAAAGAAUUACAAGAUGAUCACGAUCGGAAGUUGCGCGAAAUGCAAGACACCACACGACGCUCCACUACAGAUGCUACCCAUCAGGUGGAAUUGGAAAGGUUGAAGUUCAAUCAGUUGCAAGACGAUAAGUUGCGUUUGCAGCAGCAACUCCAUGAAGCAGAACAGAAGUACAAACUGCUUGAGAAGGAGUUUCAUCAGUACAAGGAGCAGCAGAGCAGCAAGCCUGAAAUUCGACUUCAAUCAGAGAUCAAUCUUUUAACUCUAGAAAAGGUGGAACUUGAAAGGAAAUUGGAGUCAGCCACCAAAUCCAAACUGCAUUAUAAGCAACAGUGGGGACGUGCCUUGAAAGAGUUGGCUCGCUUGAAACAGCGUGAACAAGAAAAUGCCAUGGCAAGACUUAAGAAACAACAACAAGAACUAGAACAUAUGAGGCUACGAUAUCUUGCAGCAGAGGAAAAGGAAGUGGUUAAAACAGAGCGUCAAGAAUUGGAGGAGAUUAGGACUGAAUUGAACAGGUUAAAACUGCAAGAUGAUAAAAAACAAUCCUCAGUGCAGCGAAAUCCUGUCAGUGGGGAAGAGGCUGGAGAUCACGUUCAACGUCCAGAUGAGGCCUUGGACAAUUAUCUCACUCGGCUCAUCGAAGAGAGAGACACUUUGCUGAGGACAGGAGUAUACACUCACGACGAUCGGAUUAUCCGUGAACUUGACAGACAAAUACGUGAAACUAUGGUGAAGAGAGGUGGUCAUACUUGAGGAUGGUGGUGUGUCAGUAAAAUCUUCGGAUAGCAAUUCCUAGGGUACCCACAUUUAUCCCUAUAAUUGCCUUAAUGUGGUUUGCUAAUUAUUUCCCUUUGGUAUAAAAUUCUUAUGAAUAUACCUAUUAUGAAGACUUCAAUCUUCUGAUAUCACUGGUUUAUUUUUUGACUUUUAUAGAACUUUGUGUUUUUGAAAACAUGUAAUAUUACUGAGCUAGAAAGUUAGUUUUAUAUGUACAGUGGUUUUGUACAGUGCAUUUUAAUCUAUCUGUAAAUAGCUAUAUUUGGAAAAUGUAUUCAAUUUCUUAAUAAAUUGUGAGUAUUUUUCUUUCAACGGACCACUUCGCUGAUAAAGUCCUACCAAUAUAAUGUUGAUAAAUAACGUCACGAAGAACAUUGUUCAUAAUAAAGACGACAGUUGAUCCAGCGAAAGCAUUUAUUUUGGAGCAGGACCAGAAAGUAUGGAGAUCAUUUACAGAGCAGAUUUGUUCUGGGGUAAACCGCAAUAAAUUCAUAACCAAGGACUCCGAAUCGGUGAACUUUUGCAACAUUGAGAUACUGGUAUUUUUAUUCUCCCUUUAACAGAACUAGAUGAGUUCCCUCAAAUUUCACUUUUUUUUAUGGUAACCUCAGUUGGAACAUAACAUGCCUUGUUGAUAUGACUAACUGUCUUUUAUCCAUGUUGUUUGUGUAUCUAACAUUUUUUUCUAUCCCUGUGGCAGGAAUACCUUUUCAAAAAAUCUGAGAUUUAUAUUUCUUUGAGACUUCAUGGUCGUUUAAUGUGCUACAAUGAAUGGCGUAUUUCAGAGGUCCUGACAAUUUAAGGGAAUUUAUUAAAAUACUAGACUAAGUGGGACCCGUUGGGUCCCAGCAUCACACGGAAAGUACAGGGCUGGUCACCAACGCAAUAUUCCACCUCUCCACCAAUUCCAAUAUUGCUCGCCAGUGGGGGAGCUGUCUGUUGCGCUAGUAGGGGUGUUGUGGGCCGAAGGUACUGUUUUCCAGAGGGCUAGUAUAGACUUUGUGGGCCGAAUAGAUUCUUGGGCUGGCAUCCAACUGUUGCAACGAUUUUAAAAGCCAAGCCAAGAAAAACAAUUGGGCUGCAGCCACCCGACAACCAAAAUUCAUUUUGUGAACACAAACUUGUUAAAAACGCGAGGUGAAUAAUUGGGCUGCAGCCACCCGACAACCAAAAUUCAAUUUGUGAACACAAACUUUUUAAAAAGGCGAGGCCACAGCCUUCUGAGUCUUUUUGUUCCGUUUUGGGUCGGGACCCUUUAGAUUGAUUGGAGUAGGGGAGGAGCAAGCUUGAAAAGAGAAAGGCAGAACUUGGCAAGUGAAACAUGCACACCGAUGAAGGGGUUGGUGAUUGCCAGAUGAAUGGAGAAGUGAUGAAGGCUAGAGGUGAAAAGGAGACAAAAGUGUGUUAGAUAAGGAAAGAACGAGAGUGAAAUUUAUGGGUGGAAGAGAACGGGUGUGGAAUGCGGGGGAAAGUACAGGGAAAUUAGGGACUCAAAGAUGGGCAAGUAGGAAAUUAGCUUAAGAAAAGGCAAAGAUCAGGGUGAUGGGUGGUGGUGGAAGAAAUGUGUGUACACUGAGGGGGGAGAAAUAAAUGGUCUUGUGUAAGAACAGCACCUCCAUAUUUUGCUUGGACAUCUUACAACAACAGCAUGAGCACUGAAUUCUCCAAUUCCAAAUACAGGCAACUUGCGUUUUACACAUGUUUGAUUUGUGCUUUUUAAAAUAACGCGUUUGUUCCUUUAAUACCAAAGCUUGAUUUACACACUGAUAUUUUUGGAAUAACGAGUUCCAAUUUGCCAACAUCAUGGUCACAUAUAUGUUUAAUACACGUGUUUUUGAAUUACGAGCUGCUUUUCAGGCACAUAACCCUGUGUAAAAUGCGAGGUGCUUGAAAUGCACCCCCUUCCCUGCCUCUUAUCCCAGUACGCACACAUUUUUUCCACCAACAUAGUUACCCUGCUCCUCUCCCCUCCUCCGUGUACUUAUCUCGCCUUUCUUAUCUUCCAGCUUCAUUCACCUUACUUCACCAGUAUGAAAGAGUCCCGACUCAACUUGAUCUGUGCAUUCCCUCCACAGAUGCUGCUGGGUUUCUCCAGCUCUGCUUUUUGCUCAAGAUGCCAAAUCAGUAUUGGUACAUUUCAGGAUAGGUUUUACAGGAUGCACCAAACAUAAGCAUCGAACAUUUCUAUUAAUUAAAUUAUUUUAGUUUUGCUUCAAGGUCAAUGAAAAUAUCCAAUUUUAACAUGUUGUUGACAUUUGGUGAAUAAUUUUAACUUAAGCAUAAUGUUGAUACCUCUUAAAUAUAUAUAUAUAUUGUUUCUAUGUUCAGCUGCACCUGAUUGAAAUGUUUUGUUUGGAGUAUUGCAGUGAGUAGGUUACUUUAUAUUUUUAAUUUCAAUCUAAUAAUUGCAAUAUUGAAAAAUAACAAAUUUAUUGACAGCAAUACUAUUAACCCAGACCCUGCAGGAUUUUAAAGCAUGUGUUUCCUGUUUAAAAGCACAAUGUAGGCAGUGUACCCAUGUCAAAAACUGCUGUGCACGUCAUAUCCCUUUAAACUUGGAUUUAUUUUCUGUGACAAACGAUGAAUUGAAAAUUUGUUCUCAAUAAACUUCUUGCCUCCAUACAAGUUAACCAAGGAAAAAGUAGUGAACGGCCCUGAAUAAUAUCAGCUUGCUGAUUCCUUACAAUCUAAACUGCAAUAUGAAUUUUAUGUUGUGAAGAAUGGCAUAUCACUUAAACGUAAAUUUAUUCUAGUUUAAUGAAAAAAUACCUGACGGCUGAAAAUCAGGAAAUGGUUUACAUCAUUUGAACUUUCUCUCAUGACCAUUUUCAUUUUCCUCAUGACUUUGCCCACACUAAAGCAUGCACAAUCUUAUAAAAUUUCAACUCGCAUUUUGAGCAAUAAACAAUGAGUCUCUAAUAAAAAUCAGGGUGCAUCAGUUGUCAGUGCAGAAUAAAUGAACCCCUAUUUAAAUCUCAAAUUUUGAAGUUCCAUUACCAAACAGCAGAGGGAGCUGCAUCUUCAAAAUCUACUUUGUCUUUCAGUCUUGUUACUACACCUUAGUCUUGAUUUUGUUUGCCACUUGGAAGUUGAUCUUGUUAAACAUACAUGGAACAAACUUAACAUUUGCUUACUUUCAAUGCAAGUUUUGUUUAAAUUCUGUUAAUGUUUGCUUUUAUAUUUUAUAGAUGUGAUCUGUUUAAAUAAAUUUUGUUGUUUCAAGAUUUUUGUCAUUCAGUCAAUCCGUCCAAACCUUUUAUAUUCAUGUGCCUGUCUAAAUGUGAUUCCAAUGUAAAUGUUGUAAUUGUACAAACGGCCACCACUUCCUCUGGCAGCUCGCUCUGUGUGGAAAAAGUUGCCCUUCAGGUUCCUCUUUUAAAUCUUUCCCAUCUCACUUCAAAAUCAUGCCCAUUAGUUUUGAACUCCCCAACCCUAAGAAAACGACUGACCUUAUCUAUA